UCAAAAAUCAAAAUGGGCCAAUUAUUUUGACUAUUUUGAUGACUUCCCCACUGUUACAAUGUAGGUACUCUGUGCUGAUGACUUAACGUCGAGAUAACCAGUUAUAACCUUAUAACCAAGAAUUCAAUCGAAUUGAACACGGGAAUAAAACGAGAAAAGGCAUGUCUUCGCCGGUUAUUAAAUAUGUAGGAAGAACGACAAAUUUUAAAGGCAAAACUCUUUGGGAAAUAGUAGGAAGCCUUAAAAACUAUGGAGUGGGUCGAAUAAUAAUUCGGUCAGUAUUUCAACGUUACCCUGAACCGAGCUUUAUGAAAAUUGUAAAAGUGGAAACUUGUCCAGAUGAAGAGAGGCGAAGAGUUAAAGUUUGGGUUGAAAAAACUUUCAGAGGUAAAAAACUUCCCAAUUUAACUGAAAUUUACCGCACGUCAUAUAAGCCAGACUAUAAUCUCAUCCCGAAACACGAGGAAGCAAAAUUAUUAGAAUCAGCUCAGAAUUAUGAGAAAUUAUCUGAAGUUAUUUUACCUAAUACUAUUGAAAUGCCACCAUUGAUGAAGAAAUUUAUUGUAAAAGACUAUGAGAAAAAGGGAUUAGAGGUCUUAAAGGAUUAUGUUAUGCCUCUAUCAUACAAUCACAGUCCCAACAGAAUUCAGAGAAUUGCUAAAGGUGAUGAAAAACCAACAGUACAGUUUACUAUGUCCUUAGGAAAACCUGCAAGUCCCUCUCUUUAUGAGGGUGUUCAACUACAGUAACAUGAAUGUUUAAUAUCAGGAUUAAUAAUGAAUUAAAUUGAUAAGAAUGUAUAAAUAGUUAUAAUGUUUUGAGUAAAACAAUUUAGUUCAGAA